AAUAAUAGAUAUUGAGCGAAUUGGGCGAAUGCAUGGUUGCAAAUAAAGGAGUCUAAAAAGCCACUGGGCAGUAAUUAGCUUAUUAGUUUAAUUACGUCGUCGUCUGCUUUUCCUCUUUUAUCGCACCAUUAGCGCUGGUCCGAUUUUAGGCCGUCGAUUGAAUUUACAGCCUUAACGACUUAUCGCCACUAAAUUUCAUCUUUUUAUCUUCCCUUUUUCUUUUAUACAUAAUACGCGACCACCUAAAUCCGGUGUCUGUCGUGCACCAGACUCCAUCAGAUCUCAUCGCCGAAUUCCCAUCGAUUGGUCCAGUGCCAUCCGAUAAUCGUCGCGAUGGCUUGGUCCAAAACUACUCGGAUCAGCAUUAUGCUGGCCAUUGAUAUCACUUUCUUUCUAGUGGAACUGAUAUCGGGUUUUAUGGUCCAUUCCCUGGCUUUAAUGGCAGAUGCAUUCCAUAUGCUGAACGACAUCAUCUCGCUAAUUAUUGGUCUGUGGGCUGUUACUGUCGCUCAGAGAGCAACUACCAACAAAUUCUCCUACGGAUGGGUCCGCGCCGAAAUCCUCGGUGCCGCUUUCAACGCCGUCUUCUUGAUCGCCCUAUGCGUCUCUAUCAUCCUCGAAGCAUUGACUCGAUUCAUCGAGCCCCAGGAAGUCUCGAAUCCGAAGCUCAUUCUUAUCGUCGGCUGUUUUGGACUGGCCUCGAACCUUGUUGGGUUCCUGGUUUUGGGAGGACAUGGCCACGACCAUGGAGAUCAUUCGCACGACGACGAGCACGAUCACGAACACGGACACGAGCACGUUCACCAACAUGACAAUAUUGCUGCGGCCGAGGAGGGUAGAGCAACUGCGACGCAAGCAUUGAUAGACGAAACUGGUCCUGUGACGGAUGUUCUGCCCGAGGUUGCCUUAGCGCGAGCUCGAGCCGAAAAUGCUUCCCCCGAGACUGUUCGUCAUAUUCAAUUCAAUCAGCCCGAUAGCGACCAAAAACCACGAGGUACUAGCCGAGGUGCCUUGCCUAGGGGCAGAGAACGUCGGCGCGCGGGUAGUGUUAAGCAUAGCCGCCUUACUAGUAUUGCCGACUUUAGCAUUUAUCCAGCCAGCUUCAGACAGGACAUUAUCGAACAUAGCAGGUCGAGUCGCAACGAUAACGAGACAGAUGACAGCUCUAACGAUGAUAGUUCCAUCGAUUCCCCAAUUCGCGAGGAAUCGGCUAUAGAUGAAACCACGCCCCUUAUCUCGAACGAGCGUGUGUCGGACAAGAGUUCCGCGGACAAGGACAAGCACAUCUGCCGGUCAAGAAGCUCUCAUCAUUACCGUGCUAGACGUGAUUCGGGAACUCAUCUAGAUCACCAUCAUAAUAGGCCUAAGUCAAAGUCGAGGAAAGGUCACAGCCAUGGUCAUAACCACGCCGAUAUGGGCAUGAACGCUAUGGUCCUCCAUGUCUUGGGCGACGCUUUAGGAAAUGUGGGCGUUAUAGUUACGGCCUUGAUUAUUUGGCUUACUGAAUGGUCAGGACGGUAUUACGCCGAUCCUGCCGUCUCAUUGUUUAUCACUCUUAUCAUUCUCAAGUCAGCAAUUCCUCUGACUAAGGCAACGGCAAAAGUGCUCUUGCAGGCCACGCCUGACCAUAUCAACCUCCAGGAUAUCAAGGAAGAUAUCCAAGCUCUCCCAGGAGUGAUUAGCUGCCAUCACGUACAUAUCUGGCAGCUUUCUGACACGAAAGUUGUUGCUUCCUUGCACGUGCAAGUAGCGUUCCCUAUUACAAGCGAAGGAGGAGAGAAAUAUAUGAAGCUUGCUAAGCAGGCACGGAAGUGUCUUCACGCAUACGGCAUUCACAGUGCCACUAUACAGCCAGAGUUCUGUCUAGAAGAUGAUUGUAACCACGUCGAUGAUGGCUCGAUGACGCUAGAUGGACAAACAUCGCCGCGUUAUGGAGGCGACGUGUGCCUGUUGGAGUGUGUAGAUGACUGCGUGGGUCAGGGAUGUUGUGCCCUGCCAUCGCAGGCAGCUUCAAAGGCAGGAUCAAGUCGAAGGUCCAGUCAUUCAACUCCUCAUGAUCAUAGUGGAGAUCAUGGUCACGAUCACGACCACGACCAUGAUCAUGACCAUCACCAUCACUAAAGGGGUUCUGUUCAAAUAUUAAUUGCUGUAUUGGGCAAUGGGUAACGGCGCGUGUGGCAGCUAGAUCGUUCGGGUUCGCGUAUCUCUUUUGUCUCUGAUGCGGGCUUUAAUACUAUUGCGCAGGGCGUUACGGAAA